AUAUGGUGCAGUAUAUGGAGGAUUAGCUAGCUAUACCACCACCUUCCCUUCCAGCCCAUCCUGCCUCCAAUUUACCCUUUAAACCAUUUCUUUUCGCAAACCAAAGCAAAGUUGCAGUUUAGGUAUUUUGAUGUACUGGAAAGGGAACUAAAAAGCACUGAAGGCCUAGAACCUAGUUCCUGUUUCUAAUCUGGACAGUCUCUCAGUCUGUUUCCUCACUCAUAGAACUCAUAAUAAUGGCGCUUUUGGAUACAGGGUUUUUGUGAAAAUCAAGUGAUAGAAUGUGGAUAAGCAUCUGGAGCCUAUUUAAAUUUUUUUUUUUUUUUUUACACUAAAGAAAUACUCCUGACCCUUUUUCUAAGCAGGGAAAAUAGUUUUUAAAUGCUUAUUUUAACUGUGAUUUUCCCCAAGAAUAGGGUUUCCUGUAACACAUUUGUAAGACUUGCAGGCUGAUACGUGGUGAAUUAUGAAUUUUUUAAAUGUAUUUGUUUGAAAGGCGGAGUUUACAAAAAGAGACUGAGAGACAUAUUGAGAUCUCUACCUGUUGGCUUAGUCCUCCGGUUGCCACAGCAGCUGGAGCUGGGCUGAUCUGAAGCCAGGAGCCAAGAGCUUCUUCCAGGUCUCCCAUGUGGAUCUGGCUGCUGCUUUCCCAGGUGCAUUGGCAAGUGGGACAGCUGGGACUGUAGCCAGUGCCUAUAUGGGAGGCCAGGGUUCCAGGAGGUGGCUUUAUCCACCAUGCAGUAAUUCUUUUAAAGCUGGAAGUAUCUUGGGGGAGAUUUCAAAGCACCCCAAAUUUGAUAACUGUCUUGGCUACUUUGAAGAAACUUUUUUGAUGAAAACUGAAACAAAAAACUCGACCAGACCUAAUAGAGUAAAAGCAAGCACAGAAUGUGGCCUGGUGCUGGUGUUGUACCUCUGAUUCCUGUCCAUUCUGAAGGCAUCACCAUCAGAGAGCUGAAUGGCUACCUUGCAUUUUUAUUGAUACUGUCCAUCACAGUAAUUUGUAGCUCACUGGGAGGGAUUUUGUAUGGCUGUAGAACGUUUAGUUUGCAAAGACAUGAAUUUGGGCUUAGGACAGACAUGUUAAAGAAGUUAGUGGCUUUCAUUGGAAGUGAGGCCGAAAAGAAACCCUAAAAUGGAAAUGUGAGAAAUUUUCAAAAAUAUGAGAGACUGGGAAAGAAAAUUAGAAGUAUGGAAAAAAGAAACAUCUGGCUUAUAAAGAUCGUAGGGAUUAUUUUAAGCAUUACUGAGUAGCAUUUUCUGAGUGAAUAAAACUGAAAUUGUUUGUGUUUGUGUAUGUGUUUUGUUUUAUUUUUUUCAGAGGUAGAAAGAGACAUUCAGACGGGGUUGGGGGGUAGGAGAGAGAGAGAGCUAAUGAGAGCACGUUCCUAUCCCCUGCUUAGCUCCCGCAUGCCAGCCCUGGUCAAGUCGGGUCCUGGCUGCAGCCGGGGAUCAGGUGACACCAUGCCCAAGGAGCACCCAAGAUUGUUCCAGAAAAGGGAGAGAGAGAAAAGAUGGGAUCCAGGAAUAACUAAAAGCCAAUAUAUAGGAAAAAAAUCAGUCCAUGUUUAAAAAGACGGUGUAGAAUUUCAGCCAUUAGCUUCCAAAGUUUUCCUUAUUAUUAUCAGGUUACCAGCCUAGCAUAUAUAAAAAUACAAGCCGAGUAGAGCAGUAUUCCUGUCACUCAACCUUGGUGUGUACAGUCAGCGAAGACACAGGGAAACAGUCUGUUCUUACCGAAUUCUUCCCGUGAAAUCAGCCAGCCUUGUGUUUUAUCCGACAGCACUGUUUAUAACUAUGCUGCUGCCUGUACUUACAUGUCAAAUUUGAAAACCAGCUUAAUUUCAAACUAUUGUUCUUAAAUCCUAAAUCCUUCAACAUUUUUGGUUAAGUAAUAUCCAUAUUUUAUUUGAAACACGUAUGUGCACAUGUACACACAACUGUGAAGACAGUAGAGCACGUAAUUUCUCUGUGCUUUCUGGGAAGAUGGUUUCAUUGAGUUCUUGUUUCCUGUUUAAAGGAUUAUGAUUUGCUUUUGUAAACUGUGGAAUGAUGAAGGGCAGAGUAAAUAUUUCAAAUAAUCUUCGUGUAUGUGUUUUAAAAAUCUCAUUCUGACAGUUUUUAUGGGAGCAGGCUUUCUGAAUAGCUGCCUUAAAAAUUAAGUGAAAACUCAUUAGUGGCAAAUUACAUGGAAUGAUUUUAAGCCCCAGGAGACCGACUCUAUAUACAUAUUGAAUAGUCAUUUGUUCCCAGUUUGUUGUAAAUAUAGCCAAUUAAAUUCAUUAUUAAGUAGGAAAACUGAGUUGCAUUUGUUGUAGAAUUGGCAAAGUGCCCUGAAAUUUUAACAAUUGACAUUUGAAAUCAUGUGUAAUAAUUUCGGAACAUCUGGCAGCUAAUGAGAUUAUAGAUUUUUGAUUAGUUUUAUCCACUGUUUCAUCCCUUUGCUCUUUUUGUUGUGUGUGUCUGAACAGAAUUAAGAAGAAGGGGCUUUUACCAUCACAGCAGAUGAAGAGCCACUGGUGAAUCCAUCAGGAUUUCUGACCUGCUCUCCCAAGAAAAGGAGCGGAAAGAAUGUCGGAGCGGGCCGCGGAUGACGUCAGGGGGGAGCCGCGCCGCGCGGCGGGCGGAGCAGCGGCCGCCCGGCAGCAGCAGCAGCAGCAGCAGCCGCCUCUGCAGCCUCCGCAGCCCCAGCGGCAGCAGCCGCCGCCACGGCGCCUGCGGCCGGAGGACGGCGGCCCCGGCGCCGCCUCCACCUCGGCCGCCGCAAUGGCGACGGUUGGCGAACGCAGGCCCUUGCCCAGUCCUGAAGCGAUGCUGGGGCAGUCGUGGAAUCUGUGGGUCGAGGCUUCCAAACUUCCAGGGAAAGAUGGGACGGAAUUGGAAGAAAGUUUCAAGGAGUUUGGGAAAAACCGCGAAGUCAUGGGGCUCUGCCGGGAAGACAUGCCAAUAUUUGGUCUCUGUCCAGCCCAUGAUGAUUUCUACUUGGUGGUGUGUAACGACUGUAAUCAGGUUGUCAAACCACAGGCAUUUCAAUCACAUUAUGAAAGAAGACACAGUUCCUCCAACAAGCCUUCUCUGGCCGUUCCUCCCACUUCAGUAUUUUCCUUCUUCCCUUCUCUGUCCAAAAGCAAAGGAGGCAGUGCAAGUGGAAGCAGCCGUUCUUCCAGUGGAGGUGUUCUCAGUGCAUCCUCAUCAAGUUCCAAGUUGUUGAAAUCACCCAAAGAGAAACUGCAGCUCAGGGGGAACACCAGGCCAAUGCAUCCCAUGCAGCAAAGUAGACCCCCCCAUGGUAGAAUCAUGACGCCCUCUGUGAAAGUGGAAAAGAUUCAUCCCAAGAUGGAUGGCACACUACUGAAGCCUGCAGUGGGGCCCGCAUGUCCUGCUACUGUGAGUUCCUCAGUCAAGCCUGGCCUUAACUGCCCCUCAAUACCAAAGCCAACCUUGCCUUCACCUGGACAGAUUCUGAAUGGCAAAGGGCUUCCUGCAUCACCUGCUCUGGAAAAGAAAUCUGAAGAUACUUCCAAUAACCGAAAAUUUUUAAAUAAGAGAUUAUCAGAAAGAGAGUUUGAUCCUGACAUCCACUGUGGGGUCAUUGAUCUCGACACCAAGAAGCCCUGUACCCGGUCUUUGACAUGCAAGACACAUUCCUUAACGCAGCGGAGGGCUGUCCAGGGUAGAAGAAAACGAUUCGAUGUGUUAUUAGCCGAGCACAAAAACAAAACCAGGGAAAAGGAAUCGAUUCGCCAUCCGGACUCUCUGCAACCACCGCAGCCUCUCAGGGACCCGCAUCCCGCCCCUCCCAGACCGUCGCAGGAGCCACACCAAAACCCUCACGCCGUGAUUCCUUCCGAAUCAAAGCCUUUCGUAGCUAGUAAACCUAAACCUCACACCCCCAGUCUUCCAAGGCCUCCAGGCUGCCCUGCUCAGCAAGGGGGGAGUGCCCCCGUUGACCCCCCUCCAGUCCUUGAGUCUCCACACCCUCCCCUGCCUGCCACUGAGCCAGCUUCUCGGUUAUCCAGUGAGGAGGGCGAAGGCGAUGACAAAGAAGAGUCUGUUGAGAAACUGGACUGUCACUAUUCAGGUCAUCAUCCUCAGCCAGCAUCUUUUUGCACAUUUGGGAGCCGGCAGAUUGGAAGAGGUUAUUACGUGUUUGACUCCAGGUGGAACCGGCUGCGCUGCGCCCUCAACCUCAUGGUGGAGAAGCAUCUGAAUGCGCAGCUGUGGAGGAAAAUUCCACCAGUGCCCAACAAUACCACAUCACCCAUCUCCACACGUGUUCCUCACCGGACAAAUUCUGUGCCGACAUCCCAGGGCGGAGUCAGCUAUCUUACAGCAGCCACCGUCUCUACAUCCCCAGUUCUUGUCUCGUCCACCUGCAUCUCCCCCAGCGGCAAAUCGGUACCGGCCCACGGAACCACCCUGAACGCGCAGCCCGCCACCUCGGGAGCUGUGGACCCUGUGGCGUGCAGCAUGCAGUCCAGACAGGUGUCGUCGUCAUCGUCGUCCCCUGCCACUCCCUCUGGCCUCUCCUCAGUCCCUUCCUCCCCCAUGUCCAGGAAACCUCAGAAGUUGAAAUCCAGCAAGUCUUUAAGGCCCAAGGAGCCUCCUGGUAACAACACUAACUGUCACAAUGCCAGUAGUAGUACCAGUGGCGGCUCAGGAAAGAAACGCAAAAACAUUGCCCCUCUCUUAGUUCACCCCUCCUCCUCCACUUCCUCCUCUUCUUCUCAUUCCAUGGAGUCUUUUAGGAAAAACUGUGUGGCUCACCCUGGGCCUCCAUACCCUUCAGCGGUAAUGUCUUCUCAUAGCAGUGGCCUCAACUGUGUGACGAACAAAGCCAACUCAGUGAGCGUCCGGCACGACCAGUCAGGGAGGGGGCCCCCAGGUGGGAGCUCUGCCGAAUCUAUCAAGAGGAUGAGUGUGAUGGUGAACAGCGGGGAUUCCACUCUUUCUCUUGGUCCAUUCGUUCACCAGUCCAGCGAACUGCCCGUCAACUCCCAUGGCGGUUUCCCACACUCACACACUCCUCUAGACAAGCUCAUGGGAAAGAAGAGAAAGUGCUCCCCCGGCUCCAGCAGCGUCAGCAACAGCAGCAAGCCCACAAAGGUUGCCAAACUGCCGGCCGUGAACAACGUCCACAUGAAACACACAGGCAGCAUCCCAGGGGCGCAAGGCCUGACGAACAGUUCCCUUCUGCAUCAGCCAAAGGCACGUCCCUGACAACUGACAGUGUCACUGGGAGGACUAAUCCGGACCCUUUUGAGGACAAGUUACACCUUCACUCAGCACUCUGGACUCCACGAUGCCUUUGAGUGUGUUUGCCCAGCCUCCCGUGGGCCUCAAGGGUAGCAGCCUGUCGGGCUGGCGUUUUCAUGAGGAUUUCCCUGAAGCUAUGUCUGUAGCAGUGAGUACUCACAAAGGACACUGGAUCAGGUUCAGCCACCGAAUUGCUAAUGUCAGUGUUAAAGUGGUCUGGACUGCUUGCUACCAAUCUGUGAGAGUUUUUGUUCUUGUUUUGUUUUUUUAACUUAUCAUGGAGCCACUCUUUGAUUGGCCAGGCAGAAGAAUGUUUUGGCAAGAGCGUUACUGUAGACUUUCCUCUCUCUUCCCUUUCCUGCCAGGGUUUUUGUUUGUCUGUCUGUCUGUUUUUGGUUUUUUUUUUUUGUUUUUUUUUUUUUUUUUUUGGUUUUUGUUGUUGUUGUUACUAUUUGUUUUACACCCUGUCUUGUGUAGGUCACUCCCUCUCCAGCAGUCAGGCUUCUUCCCAAGGGACUGGAGACCUCCCAGAAGAUAGCAAACUGCAGAGCAGCCCUCCAGCAAAGGGAACUUGGCUUUAGAUUUCCAUAAUGAUGUUCUGGGAGUGGAAUAUGGACAUUAGUGCCAGGCACCAUGAUGAAAAUAGCCUAGCAUCUCAUGUGGAAUCCGGCAUAGGUUUUCCGAAGUUGUGGACUUAAAAAUAAUUUGAAGCCAUUGUUGACCAGACAGCAAGUAUACACAUUUUAGAGGCUUACUUUUCAUAGAACAAGAGCGUUUCUGUGUGAUUUCAACAAAACAAAAACAAAUAUUGGAAAGCCAAAUCAGGGUGGGGGGAAGGGUGGGUGGGUUGUUGGGAAAGGUAAAAUUCCAAAGAUGGAAUUUUCUUAUCCUAUAAGUUCUGGUGUUCAACAGUAUGUCAGAUUGGGUUGGUUGUCCCACUCAGUUUGCUUUUUAAAAAUUGCCUUUUAAAAUGAAAUUAUUAGGAUGGACUUCAGUGUUUGCAAGGCACUCUCCACGUUCCCGUUUCCCUCUGUGGAUGCUGUCCGGGAUGAGGUGUCACCCGUGCUUGUAGCCUGCGUGUCAUGCCACGUGUGUCCACACCUCUGCCACCCCGGGCCACUGUGGAUGCUUGCUUGGGCAGUUGGGGUGGGUGGGAGCAAAGCACUGAGGGCAGGGGUUGGAGAAUGUGUGUGGGGGCCUCUGGAGGUUCCCUGUGGUGUGCUUAGUAUCCCCUUGAUAUCCAUCCCUCCUCUCUUGGGGUUAAUGCCAGCCAUCUUCCUGAGAGAGUUCUGGAAUCCUCUAGGAUGUUUUAUUCUGAUAUCUUGUCCAAACAGCACUGCUUAAGAAGGUGUCGUUGGCUUUGGAGGGUGUGCUGGGGCCUUUUUACAUGUGAUGCUACCAUCCCCGCACAUGAACCCAGAACCAAACACUUUGGCCCAGAACACACAAAGCUGCCGAACACAGGGUAAAAUUUCCAAGGCCCGGCUCAUUGCCCUGGCCAGGACCCAGACAGAGCCAGUGAGUGCGUGCAUCCUUUAUCCCAUAUGAUUCCUAGGUUACAAACUUCAGUUUCAGGGAAUUUCAAGUUAACAACAGGUAAAAUGAAUAAAUACUACGUUACCAGCCUAAUAAUGUGAAUUACUAUGGGAUUAUUAUUGUUAUGUAAGAAAACAAAAAAAACUUUAUGCAGAUACUUUAGCUAUAAAUUGAUGUAAAAUAACUGAUUUUUUUUUAAAGGAAGGGGAGAACAGUAUCCUGUUCACUUGUUAUGCAAUCAAUCAGUAAAUGUUUUUAAAAUGAUACAAAUAGGAAAGUUGAGUAAGGAGAGAACAUGGAUGGAACAGUUAGGAAAAUCAACCUGCUGGUCCCAUCCUGAUUGGGUAGGAGAGAGGGGAGGUCAAGAGGGAAUCAGAACGUACCUGGGUGAUUCCUUGGUGACAAGUGCAAUGGGGUGUGGGUAGAAUUUAUUUUCAGAGCCAAGGGGACUUGAUGGUUAAAAAGUUGCUUUUAGCGAUGGAUUUUAUAAACAGAUCAUGUUGUUCCGAGAGAUGUGAAUAGGAUCCACAAUAGCAAGUUGAUUCAGAAUAAUGUAGAUAUUUAGAUUAGUGAGUGGUGAUCAUUUAAUUUCUAAGAUUUAAGGUUUUAAUUGAAUUUCAUUAUGUCUCCCGGUAACACACCGAGCAUCGGGAUUAGGAAAUUAGCCAUUUUGGAUUCUGCCUGCCACAAACAGACAUAUUCUAAACAGUGCUAUUAAAUUUUAGACUGUUGAAAUAUUUUAUUUUCUCCUACAACUUUUUAUUAUGAUGAACAGUUAAGACCAUUUAAAACACGGGAGUACACGUAUUUUUUUGAAUUAAAUUAACUUGCAAAAACCAAAUUUGCAGUGGUUGGGAUGUUUCUAGACAGACUUUGGUAUCAAUUAAAACCAAGAUAAUUUUUAUAUCCUUUCCAAUAGAAUUUCAUGACAACUUCUGCAGUUUUCUUAACCUACAAAAAAAAAGUGCUGCAAUGAUGAACAAAGAAUUAUACAAAACCUACUUUUGUAUCUUUAUUUUGGAAUUUCUUGUUCUAUUAUAAAUACGGAAGUAUCCCUAUUUCAGAAGACAUAUUUUGUUAAAAAUGAAUUGUACAUAUUUAAAUAUGUAUUUUUGCACAGGUCUUUUUUUCUGAUAUCCUGUUUUGGUACAAUUGAGAUCAUCUAGUAUUUAUUUAUUAAUUAAUAAAAGUAAAUACCUUUUUAUAAUUUGAAGUGGUUCACUGCCAAGCCAAUAGUUCUAGAACCUGCCUCCUUUGCAGUUGAAGGGAUGCCUCUGUGCUGUGGAAGUGUCUGUCCCUUUUCGCGUCUCGGGAGUGGAUUCAUCCAGAUGAAGUGGGCAUUGCGUCUCCCUAGCUUCCUGAUUUCCCAAUAGACUACAUGUAACUAAGUGACACACUGCUUUUCUUUUUGUUAGUGUUUUAUGUGAGCGUGUGUGUGUGCACGCCUGGGUGUGUGUGCAUGUGCCCGUGUGCACCGAGCACAUGUGUGUGAGUAUGUGAUGUGGUUUUAAACUAAUGGAAAAAACUGAAAGUGCCUGAACCUAGUUUUAAGCUUAGACAGAUACUCUUUAAAAAGACUUGAAUGUUCAGUUGAACUUUUGGAGUUUGCUUUUUCCACCUAAAUAUUGUUUCUAGACUUUUAAGGGAAGAGUUGAAAACCACCAAUGCUGGUAAUUUUCUAAGGCAUUUUAAAAUCAAGACCUUUUGGGUCACAGUAAUUGAGCUGUUGACAGAUUGCCCAGUGGCACCAAGGGUUACAAAUCUUUGUGUCUGCCAGCAACUUAUAUGAUGUGUCUGUUUUGUUACUCACGCAUGAAAUAGUUUAAAAUAAAAUAUUUAAAAUAUUUUAUAUUCCAAAAAUGUAAUGCAAAGAAGUACCUCUGAGAACAAUGAAAAAAAAAAGUGUAAUUUGAAAAACGUGACUUACUAAGGCAGCUGUCUUCCUGCGAGAGAGUUUUGUUGCCAAGGAAUUUCUUAACGUCUCUCAUUGUGUCCUGGGUGGAGAACAUGGUGGGCUUCGGAAACUGAUGGUAGAAGUUUUGUUUGCUGUUUAACAGAAAAUAAUCAUUUUUACAUUUUGUGCAAAACAUUUUAUGUUUUCAGAUCAUUUAAAUGAGCACUACAUACUGUCAGUGUGAAUGUAGGGCUGGACAGCAUUCUGCUACGUUUUUUUGAGCUUGGUUCUAAAAGCAAUCUCCUGUGUUAAAAUGUGUGAGUAGUUUGAUGAUUUGUACACAUAAUCAAGAGCAUCUCAGCUGGACUUGUGUUGGCUGCUGUAUAGAACAAGAACAAAUGUCAAGGGAUAGAAAAUUACUUUGGAUAUUUAAAAGAGAAGAAAUAUAUAGUCUAUUUGUUUUGUAACAAGUUUCUGUAAAUAAAAUAAUUUAUACUAUUUAUAAGAAAAAGUUGUGCUUUGCUUUAUGAGAAAUUAGUUUGUGGAACAACAUGUUACUAAACGGGCAAUAAAAUUAGGACUUCUCAAUAAAUAAGGUUGGCUGCAUGAACUAUGUGACAUGUUUCUGCCUCGUGAUCCUGAACCGACCAGCCUUGGGAGGGACCUUCACUGCAGCCUCCCCACCGUGCCCGGGAAGAUCGCCGCUCCCGGGCAGGAAGCCUGGCAGCCUGGCCCUGGGUGCGCUAGUGGCCGAGUCAACAGUAAGCGCUGCUGUGUCCUGGCUCCGCAGGUUGGUGAGGGAGACUGCGGGGAGGAGACACUAGAGGAACAGCCGAUUCUUUUUGAACUUCCUUAUGUCUAAGUUGGAUGACAUAUGGUCGGCUUGGUUGGAGGGAAAGGUUUUAAUCCCGAGCUUGUCUGCCCUCUGCCUGGCUUACACAUACGUCCCUUACUGGAAAGGCCAACCACAUUUCAGUCAUACUCAGCGUACAGUAAAAUCUCAUGUUUCCAAGGAUGGCCAGUUUUGCUAUUUGCUAGUCAGUUGUUCUGGUAAAUUCAUGAAAAUCUGGUUUGAAGUGAAAGGAGCAAGUGCUUUGUGUGUUGGCGCGUGGAUGUCAGGUGACGGUGCAAGCGUGAGCAGUGUCCUGUGAGCAGUGCCCAGCUUGGCUGGUCUCUCGCCCGCAGGGAAAAGCUCCCUGCUCACUGUCCCAGCGUAGUGACACGGUCCCUGACAGGUCACCCGGCUCUGGAGAGUGAGACUAGCUCAAGGAAGGGGGCUGGGGCUGGGCCAACAGGAUUGCUCCCAGCAGAAAGGCCAAGGGAAAGUCAUUGUAGGGCCGGCAGGUGGGGGAUGGGCUGCUUGAAUAUUUACAAAUUAUCUGGGAGCCCUACAGGAUUAACCAUUAGAAAGUAGCCUAAACUAAUGAAUUUUGAGUCCUGCCUGCAGUUGCCUGAAGUGGCAGGAUCAGACCACAUUUCACAGGUUUUAUGUAGCCUGUGAGCCACAAGUUCCCCACCACUGUCCUACACAGAGAACAUAAACAAGGGGCACACAGGAGUCAAGAAAUGGACAGGAGGAGCAAUUCGUCUUGCAUGAAGAAGUUGGUGUUGGUUUAUCCAGGACCUUGAGUUUUAUGGAACCUGGAGACUGGAAAAUCACAGGUACACAGAAGUGUUUUUCUUGGAUCUUCACUCUUUCACCUCAAAACAUUUGCUUUCACUCCCCUUUGUCUAAUCCUCAUCAAGAAAGUUGUCUCUGAAUCAAGCCUCAGGCCCUGGCCCUUCUCCUUUUUCUCUUGUAGUUCCUCCUGCCCCUAUUGCUGGUGGCAAUAAAGGAACCCAGCCGUAAUUUGUGGUACUUGUUAGACUCAUGUCCCACAACCAAAGCUGUUGGUCCCUUGGGGGUGGGCAGGGUGUGAGACUGUCAGCCAAAAGAAACAUUUUAAGGGAAAGGGAAGAACCCAACACUUAAAAUUAUGAUCUCCUUCCCAUAGGCCCCUCCAGUAAUAAGUGCGGAUAACAACAGGAUGGCCAGCUGAGACCGGCGGAAUGAAAGCGUGACGAAACCUGUACAUUUUCCAGGUAAGUUACUGGUUUCCAGGCGAUGCCUUAGACUAUGGGGGCAGAGAGGACCAGUUGCAAAAAUCACUUAAAGGUAAAACCCACAGGCCUGGAGCUGAGGUAAAAGGCUAAGGGGUCUGAGAAUCUACAGAUGUGAGGUUGGCUGAAGAGAGCUUCCCAUGAGUUAUGUGGUAAGAGCGACGAGUGGCCAGGGCAAGAUCCAGGCUGAGUUCUAGGAGGUAGGUUCAAGGUAUAUUGCAGGCCCUGGAGUUUUUCUUGCACUUUAGAUGAUGAGUUGGGGGGCUGACCUGGAAAAAACACGUGUGUAUUAGACUCACCUUGUGAAGUACCUCACAGGCUGGCUGCUGUGCCAAGAGCUUGAUUGCUUACGCUCAGCAAGCCCUUGCCUUUGGAGGUUAUUUUGUCCCUGGUGAUACCGAUGUGGAACUUGGAAGGACUCUCAGAGUGAUUAUCUAGCCAGUAGUUGGCAGAACCGAGCUAUGAACUACUGAAUUCAAGACUUGAAACUGUGGCUCCUAAUCAUUUUAUUGUAUGUAUGUAUAUAUAUUUUGGGUCACAGACUCCAAGAAUCAUGUGAAAGAAGUUACCAAUCAUACCCUACGGAGGCCCGGCAUGCCACACCUCUUAGUCCAUUUCCAUGUGUGGAGGCUCAUGUCCAGAGUUAGGGUUAGAGUUAGGCUCAUGUCCAGAGACUGGAGAAAGGCAAGCCCAGGACAAACUCCUGCACACAGUGCCGGUGUUCCAGU